AUGAAAUUGAAAAGAAACAAGAAGGAAAGUGAUUCUAAUGAAAUCAAGGACGAAAGGGAGCCAAAUAUUAGGUUCGCCAUGUGGUUUAUUGUGAGAAUAAUGGGAUGGGAAAUGAUUUGGAUUGUAUUGGGAAUGAUUGGAUGGGCUGCGCUUGGUUCCAUUCCGCAUGUAUUCAAUAUUUUAAUGGGUGAAUUAAUUAAGGCUGUUUUCUCAUCGACAACUGCCAAAACAAGUUAUACGAAUGAAAUUAAUAAUUUAGCCAUGUGGAUGGCCAUUAUUGCAGUUAUUGCAGCUAUUGUCAUGUGGAUGGGUUUUUCAAUGACAAGUUAUGCAUUUGAAAGAAUUGGUGUAAGAUUCAAGACAGCUUAUAUUGAAUCCCUUUUAAAACAAGAAACUGGUUACUUUGAUAUGAAAAGAACUGGUGAACUCAUGUCUUGGAUGACCGAAUCAAUGGAACAAAUUCAAGACAGUUUCAGUAACAAACUCGGAAGAAUCGUCCAGUUUAGUAUCCAAAUCAUUUUGGGUGUCAUCUUGGCCCUUGUCUUUGCCUGGAAAAUGGCCAUCGCCAUGGUUGCCUUCUCUCCAUUAAUUGCAGUCUUAAUGUUUGCCUCAGGAUUCGCCUCACAACUCGUCACUAGAAGAACCAUGAAAAUUUCCAAUGAAGGAUCUGCAAUGGCCAACGAAGUUAUUGGAGCUAUUCGUACUGUUCGUUCUAUGGAUGCUGAACAAAAGGAAAUUGACAGAUAUAAGAGACAAAUGAGAUCAGGAAAUGCCAUGUAUGUCAUUAAGGGAAUUGUUUUGGGAUCUCCAAUUGGUUUUUCUGAAAUUUGCAUUUGGGGAAUUUUAGCAUUUGGAAUGUGGUGGGGAGGUAAAUUAUUACAAGAUGGUGAAAUUGAAUUCCAAAACAUGUUCAGAGUUUUCACAUUGCUCUUAAUGUCAGUUUUGGGUAGCUCACAAAUUAUGAGUUUCCUUCCAGAUUUGACACGUGCCAUUGCUGCCAGUAAGAAUCUCUUAAAGGUCAUUCACAGAAAACCAGCCAUGAGAUUUGGAGGUGGAAUUACCCCAGAAAAAAUUGAAGGAAAGAUUGAAUUUAAGGAUGUUUGUUUUUCAUAUCCAACUCGUCCAAAUAUUCAGGUUUUGAAGAACUUUACUUUCAAUAUCAAACCUGGUCAAUCAAUUGCUUUAGUUGGUAGUUCAGGAUCUGGUAAAUCAACCAUUGUUAGUUUAUUGGAAAGAUUUUAUGAACCAUCGAGCGGUAAUAUUAUUUUGGAUGGAAAUGAAUUGGCUGAAAUUGAUCCACAUUGGCUUCGUAGUCAUAUUGGAUUGGUUGGACAAGAACCUGUAUUGUUUGGUGGUACUAUUAAGGAAAAUAUUUGUUAUGCUAUUAGAAAGACUUCUAUUGAUCCGUUCCCAAGUGAUGAAGAAAUUAUCAAUGCUGCUAAAGCUGCCAACGCUCACGAUUUCAUUUCCUCUCUUCCAGAUGGUUACAAUACCAAAUUAGGAGAACGUGGUGUUUCCUUAUCCGGUGGCCAAAAACAACGUAUAGCCAUAGCCAGAGCUGUCAUCCAAAAUCCUGAAAUUCUACUUUUGGACGAAGCCACCUCUGCCCUGGACACAAACUCUGAAGCUGUAGUCCAAGAUGCCCUCAACAAACUCAUGAAAGGAAGAACAACCAUUGUCAUUGCCCACAGAUUGUCCACCAUUGUCGAUUCAGACAUGAUUCUCGUUUUCCAUAAGGGUGAAUUGAAAGAAGUUGGUACUCAUGAUCAAUUGAUGGAUUUAGAAGGAGGUCUCUAUGCAGAAUUGGCCAGAAAACAAAUGAUGAGAAAGGAAGAAAGUUUGGAUAAAAUACCAUCAGUUCCAUCCGCCAUUGAUAUGUAUAAGGAAGAUGAGAUUGAGAUGCAACCAUUAGAAAAGAUUCCAAGUACUGAUUCGGCUGAUUCGAAUGAAGAUUCUAUGGUUUAAUUUCGUAAUUUAUUAGAAAUGUUGAAAGUUUUGUUAUGAACCAAUUUUGUAAAGUGUUGUGCUUAGUAUUUGAAAAUAUUAACACAAGAGGGUAAAGAACUUAUU